UUGAAGCGGUGGCUGGGUGAUUAUUCGUGUUGCUAUGUGCACCGUUGGACCGAUGUUUGCAGCCACGGAUCGCAGCUGCACAGUCACAGCGUCCGUCCGCCCUGUCGCCCUCGUCCUGCGCGGAGCAGGACUCUGCUGUAGAGCAUCUUCUACAGAAUAUGCCUUGUCUCCAUGGUAACAGGGCAGACCCAGAAACACAUUGGGUCAAAAUGGUCCCACUCUCCUUCAAUCUACCUGCUGCUGGAUUUAACUGAAGAGAAAUAAAUAAUAUAAAUGAUCCCCAUGGUGCUGUUCAUACAUUGUUUUCUCCUUAUAUUAUACAAUAGGAGUGUACUUUUUAAAACUUGAUGUCAUUUUUAAUACAAGGCGUUACUUCCAACUCUUUUUUUUGGAAGGGACAUUUCACAUGGUCUCCCAAAUCCAAGAUAUGAGGAGCAUCUUCAACAUUUUCCUGGAUUAUUACUGUAUGUUGGGGAUUUAUUAAUUUCCAGUUAAGCAACAGGAACCACAAAGGUCUGUUCUAAACCAGGACGAGGAUGCACCAGCUCUUCAGUCAGGUGCUGGGCCAGAGAGAUCUGUCCAGAGCAGGCGACCUUUUCUCUUUGGACGACACAGAGAUCGAAGACUGUCUGUCACAAGCCCUUGACCAGAUUAAGGCCAUCUCCUGCUCACUGGACUACUUGACCAAUGACAAUGACCAGGCAGUGGUGGAGAUUUGCAUCACGCGCAUCACCACGGCGAUCAGGGAGACGAGCUCCAUCGAGCGACACAGUGUGGCACUGGUGGGGCUGUGGGAGUCGUGUCUGGAACAUAACCUCACCCCACAAGGUGAAAACACGGAGGACACGCCACAUGCCAAGAUAGCCUCUGACAUCACCAGCUGUAUCCUGCAGAACUACAGUUGUCCUUCAGUCAUGAUGCUGGCCGUCCCGGUAGCAGUGCGGUUCCUGCAGAGAGGCAACAGGGAGCUGAGCAGGAACAUGUCGAGUUAUCUCUCCCUGGCUGCCAUCGCCAAGGCUGAUCUGUUGGCCGAGCACACAGAGGCCAUAACACUCAGUGUGCUGGGAGGUAACCCCAUGCUCCUGCGAGUGUUGCCAUCGGUUUACCCCAGACAACCAGAUACCAUCCACCGUCACCUAGGCAACCUCACUGCAAUGAUGCCCCAGCUGGAGUCUCCAGAGCAACACCACCUGAUCAGGCUCAUUCAAAUUGUUGCAGAACAACAUCCACUCAUGUUGAGCCCUCAGGUGCCUUUGCUGGUCGGUUACCUCGGUGAAAAGUCUAUGACAGAGGCCGUGUUGGGCGUGCUCGUAGACGUGUCACAGGCCAGCCCCUCCUCACUGGUCAGCUUCCUCCCGGUGCUGAGGACUGUGGGACAGCAAUGCUCUGCUCUCCUGGGCCAUGUGGCCAAAAUCCACAGUGCUGUUGGCAUCAUCAGUGAGGCUCAUGCUCACAGUUCGCUGGUCUUCCUGGUGUCACUGCUGGGCACCAUGGAGCACAGCUUACACCACACGCUGCUGCUGGAGAUCCGAGCUCUGACUGACCGUUACCCGUUAUUGCUGGGAGGCUGUGGGAAAGACAUUUACAGGAUGAGCAACUCCUUUACAGCUAUAGCCAAACUGUUGGGUAGAAGGCUGGAAGAGAGCGCGGCCACACGCUGCAGGGUGGAUGAGCCGAGCCCAUCAUCUCCCUGUGCAUCUCUCCCUGGAGGUCAAGGGGGAGGAGGUGAAAAAGGACGGGGAUCGGUACAGCAACUUCAGGUGAAGAUCCAGGCCAUUGAGGAGAAAAUGGGGGGAGAGAGGGUGGAGGAGGACUCGCCUGUCUGCCUGCGACGCUACAGCCCGAGCCAAGUUGUCAGAGAGGAGAGAUCCAUCAGGUCAAAGAGCCUGGCGCUCCACGCUAUGCACUCACACUCCAUCAACUCAGACAGUGGGGAGGACGGUGAUGCAGUGGAGCCAGUUCCAGACAACAUCUCCCCCAACACUUUACCUAAACAGCAGCCAGAAAACCAGAAAGCACCGCCAAGCGACAGGAAAAGGACCAGUGAUGGCUCCUCACUGCCCGUCACUGCUGCCCUGGACAGAGCGGUCAGAGAGGCAGGUAGAGGUGACAGCAAAGAGAAGGAUGAAGCUAAAGAGGAGCAGGACGAGGCUGACAGACUCUUCGUCCAUUUAAGAGACAACAUGGAGACAAUCAGAGACUUCUGUAAAGACAUGGUGAAGCAGAUCCCAGUCCCAGAUCAGUGUGUGAUAGAAGAUAUAAAUCGAGGCUGUGUGGCCAAGCUGUCGUUCUCGUGUCCUCAGAAGGGACACUACUGCCUGUAUGCCAAGUCCUGUUUCAACCUGACCAGCAGACAGCCUCACCUGUGGAUUCACGUGAUGCUGCUGCAUCUGCAGAGUAAGUCCAGUGUCCCCCUGUGCACCCGGGACGAGUGUGUCCAAAGACUGGCUUCUCUUUGGGAGAAGACGCAGCUAAAGGGAGCCCACAGUUUUCCCAUGGCUAUGACACAGCACACCACCCCACACAGGAAGGACCUGGACAGUCUUCAGAUCCAGCUGGACGAGGUGCGUUUCUUUGACCUGUUUGGAUACAGUGAAGAAGAGGGAGGUUGGCGCUGCUUCAUGUGCAACAACCCUGAGAAGGCCACAGUCGUGAACAAGGAGGGGCAGCCUCUGAUUGAGGGGAAGCUGAAGGAAAAACAAGUCCGCUGGAAGUUCAUCAAGCGCUGGAAAACGCGCUACUUCACCUUGGCAGGAAACCAGCUCCUCUUCCGCAGAGGCAAAUCAAAAGAUGAGCUGGAUGACAUCCCUAUCGAGCUGAGUAAAGUGCAGAGUGUCAAGGUCGUGGCCAAGAAGCGCCGAGAUCGGAGUCUGCCGCGGGCGUUUGAGAUCUUCACCGAUAAUAAGACGUAUGUGCUCAAAGCUCAGGACGAGAAACACACAGAGGAGUGGCUGCAGUGCAUCAACGUGGCUGUGGCUCAGGCCAGAGAGAGAGAGAACAGAGAGGCCACCACGUACCUGUGAGACCGACACAGAUGCUGAUGCAAACUCGUGCAGCCAAACACACACUGAGGAAUGUAUUUUCUAGUGGUGAGCCGGUUUUUUUGUUGUUUUUUUGUUAACCUACCAGAGCUGUGAAAAAACAAAUGUAGUGUUUUCACUCAAACACACUCAACAACCCCCACUACACAAUUCACUGCCAGUAACACUGUAACUAUAACUUUAUAUGUGUACUUUGUGUAGUACACACCUUCUAUUCCAGUGACAGUGAAGCACCAUUCAAAAGUUAUUAAAUAUAAUGCAGUAUUUAAUUUGUUUUUCUUUUUAGAAAUCAGACGUAUUUAACCAGCAAUACCAGCAUUAUAGAAGAAAGGUCUUAUUUACUAUAUUUACUGUUACACCAUGUUAUUUCUCAUACUUUCCUCAUUAAUAACUGACUUCUUUCAGUACAUUAAGUGGUAAAGACUGACUGCAGAGCUUCAACAACCAAACCAGCGCAGCAUCUAUAGAAACUUUGAUUUAGCAAUAAAGGUCUUAACAGAUCUAAUAAAAAAUAUGUGUUGCAAUAAUUUCACUGUCAAAUGUUUGUAUUAAACAUGACCAAAGUUUGAAACAUUAAGGGAAACAUUGCUCUGAACUCUCAACUUUCUAAUAACGAGCUGACGUCAACUUUUCGCAAAUGUUUUUAUACAGUCACACUGACUUUUUUCAGGAUCACUAACAGAUGCUGUGGCUAAAGACGAGUUUUCUCCAUCUGUUCACAAACAUUAUUCAGAUUUCCUGUCUCACUGUUCUCAUUUGCCAUGGCCGACAGAAGUGCUCUCCCAUAUUCUGCUCCACAAUCAACACCUGCUGUUAAAAACAUGCAUUAAUCCAUUCAUCCUCUACCGCUUUAUCCUCCACUUCCAAAUCCCAGCUGACAAAUGGCGAAAUGCAGGGUACACCCUUUGACAAAUUUCAUUCACUCAUUUACUCACAGCUUUUUUUGUUUUGUUGUCAGAUGUGGAGAUACCCACCAACGACUUUAGUUUCUUGAUAAAAUAUCAUGAUCAUAUGUGUCAGACACUGAGGACAAAGAGCAUUUCCCUCCAUCUGCAGCCAUCAUGGGCCACAUUCAGAUUAACAGGCUGACUCAACUCCACGCAGGUGUGACUCAAAUGUGAUUUAUUUUAGGUCUGUGUGGACACAGAAAUCCGAUCAUCAAUUCCAAUUUGUGAAUGGUUCUAUGUCAGAAUCAAUGCAGCUUGUUUGCUGGUAUUCAUUGGCCUGCACUGCAACAGCAUGGCAAAGUGAAACCAUGGAGGAGGGUAAAAUGUCACCCACUUCAUAUUCAGGAUUAGACUCACAACUCAGACUCAGCAUGAUGCACAUGAUGACUUUAAGGAACCUUUAAGGAUUUCAUGCCAACACUACAGUCAUCAUUUUACUGUAUUGUCACAUUUACCCAGUAAACAAAACCUGGCUGUUUUCUAAAGCCUUUUCUAACGGAAGAAGCCAGCCACAGUUCUAUCAGAAUGACAGAUGAACAAAUAAACUGGAAUUAAAAGUAAAUUACAAGUCACUGAACAGGAGGGGAAACAAAAAAAGACCAGAAAGAGAAAACACAUACUUUUAACUCAGAUUUUAACUAAAAACAGACUAAAAAGAACACAAAAACCACACAAAAAGUGAGCAGAGAAUCUUUAACCUCACCUCACAAUCAGGCUGAUUGUCCUCAGCUGUGGGGGAACACAGGUGCAUCCAGGAGCUCCUGAUUAACCAAGACAAUCUGUGACCUACAUUCUGAGUCUUUGUCCCUUUAGUAUUUCCCACACAAACAAAUAUUAACUAGAACAUAUAUAUAUACACAAAAAACCCAUAUAUACUGGAGUGGUUUAAACAUGUAUUGCACCUUUUUGUUCAGUAGAUCAAAACUAACAAUAUGCCUGUGGAUGUCUCUGCUGUCUGCAUUCAUAUUCAGGAUUACUGUAGACUCACAACUCAGACUCAGCAGGAUCCACAUGAUGACUUUAAGGAGCUGAUUGUAAACAUCUGUAAUGUUCUGCUAUUGAGUGGCAGUUUGCCUUCAGAACAACCACACAUUCAUUAAUUACAUAUUAAUACAACACACAUGCCCAGAAAAUAUCUGAGCAAAAGUGAGAAACUCUAUGAAUCUGUGCAGUGGUCGGAUUUCUGUUCUUUUGUAAUCUGGGUGCUAUAAGGAUUAGGCUAUUUUAUUUGGCUUUGGAACUAGAAAUGUUUGCAACAAUUUAAUCCAUGUCUUCCAUGGAGAAUGUCCGCUCAGUUGCUGCUUAACUUUGCUGUGGUGCUUCUGUUUGUGAAUUUGUCCUAUGGGGCAUCGAUAAAGGUACAUCUAUCUUACAUGUCCUGCUUUAAUACCAUGUGUUUCUUUUACUAAUAUGAUGUUAUCUGUUGUUGUUGUUGAUGACACGUGCAAAAAGGUAUCAGUGCACAUGUGUGCCAUUUGAGAGCGCAGGUGUGUUUAGAUGUAAGACACUUCUGGAAAGAAUCUGUUUUUUAUCAGAUUUGUUUCUGUUGGAUGCAGAUGACGAAAACCCUGACUGAAAGAUGUCAUACAGGCGAUAAGUCUCUAAAAUAGAUAUAAGACGCUUUGUGACUACUUUUUUCCGGGCAGUUGAAUCUCACGUGUCAUCUUAGAUAAAUAGUUGUAAUUCAGAGAGGGUGUAGGGUAUAGAUAAACCAUAUAGCAUGUUUAAACUGCAGGACCAGUGGAGAGGGAGACAUUACCCAUGGGUACACCCGUGGAGCUAAUUCAAUUAAACGAUUUUAAAAAGAAGGAUGCGGGACGAAUGUCAAGGGGCCUGAAUUUGAGCAACAAUAUUAAACCUUUAGGUCACAAGGUUGGAGCUGCAAUCACUUUUUCUGGUGAAGAGGAAAGGUGAAGAGGGAAUUCUUGCACUGAGAAGGUACAGUAACUGCUGCACAUCAGUAUUGGAGAAGGCACUUGUUUUUAUCAUCAUAAAUAGUCUUGUGUUUAUAGUUCCAAAGAUACAUUUUAAAUCAAAAUUAAAUUAAAAAGUGUUGCUCAACAAAAUGAUCCUGUCAUCCUUUAUCGUUUCAUUCCAACUGAUUAAAAGCGUGUUCUAAAGUGCAGUGGACCUCAGCGUGGUGGCCUUCUAUCAAUGUGUUGUGUUCCACGUAUAAAAGGUAAGAUUCCAUGUUUACCAACACCUUCCACUACAGUCAUCUGUUUCAUGUGUUGUCACAUAAACAAACCUGGCUGUAAGGUCUUCUAAAGGAAGAAGCCAGACACAUAUGAACAAACAACCUGGAAUUAAAAGUAAACUUCAAGUCACUGAAACAAAAACAAAGACCAACAGGAGAAAACGCAUACUUUCACUCGGAUUUUCAGUAAAAACAGACUAAAAAGAAACCAUUUGGAGACAAAAAAAAAAACAAGUGAGCAGAGAAUCUUUAACCUCAGCUCACAAUCAGGCUGAUUGUCCUCAGCUGUGGGAGAACACAGGUGCAGCCAGGAGCUCCUGAUUAACCAAGACAAUCUGUGACCUACAUUCUGAGUCUUUUCCCACACAAACAAAUAUUAACGAGAAUGUACUGUAUGUACAAAAAAAACAUCUUUCACAACAUUAAGUGGUAAAGACUGACUGGAUAAACCAAUGCUGCUGCAGAACUUUGACCAACAACACACAUGCCCAGAAAAAAUUGUGCCGCUACCUUUUCUUUCUGUUCUUGUCCAAAAUGAGAAACUUUAUGAAUCUGUGCGGCGGUCUGAUUUCUGUUCUUUUGCAAUGUCGGUGCUAUCAGGAUGAGGAUAUUUUUGGUUUUCCCGAACAAGAAAUGUUUGCAACAAUUUAGUCCAGAACGUCCACUCAGUUGUUGCUUAAUAUUUGAGUGUAGAACACAGAUUUCUCAUUUAAGUAAAUUUGUGGUUUCCUAAUGUUGUAAGAAAUGGUGCCAGUUCAGUCAAAGGUUUUGUUUUAAAAGCCAGGCACUGAAAGUGACCUUUCAUUUAAAAACAACUGUAUCAGAGCUUGGAGGCAGAAAGUGUUUUUCUGGUCUUUGGAUGAUGAAAAAGAAAACAUCUCACAUGUCAAACUUCAAGCUAGAGUUGUUACUCAGAUGUCCUGAUCCUCUUCUCUGUACUCACUCCCAUCUGUUCAUUUUUCAUUUUCCAUCAACUUCAUACUGAGGUGAAAUACUGUAACUCCCUUAUCAUGAUGCAGAUGACAAGCGUUUCUUGACCCAGUUAAACUCGGCCGUAGCAAAUCAAUUACUCUGCGUGAUGUCUUUUUUUUUAUUUAGAUUUUUAUCUGGAGCCACAUCUGAGGUGUGGGUUUGCCCACAGGUGAUCGCAGAGCCUUUCUGUUUGGUUUCGAUUACAUAUAUUUUUUUUAUUUAAAAAAACAAAUCCAUGGAAGUUCAGAUUUUGUAAUGCCAAAGGUGGCACACAACCAUAUUUGGUCUUAUUGUUGCACAGCCCUGUCACUACACUGCCUCUCUCACUAUUUUAGGACUCUGAUUUCAUGCAAUGAUUCCUAAAAUGUGAGCCGUGGCCCACUGGUGGCCUUUGAAGGUAUUGCAUUGCAUUACAAAUGAAUCAAUAAACAUUUAUAAUACUUA